AUGAGGAGCUAUUUCGGGUUGUUUUUACUCCUACAGAGUCAAUUCAUUGAAGCGGGUAUUAGGGGAGUGUCUCCCGAGUCUCAACUCUUGUAUGAGCCUCUAGAUACCGAGACUGGGCAAUGGGCAUGUCUGGGAGAUCCAUCCGUGAUAAUCCAUCACUCCCAGAUCAAUGACGACUUCUGUGACUGUCUAGACGGAUCAGACGAGCCUGGAACGAGUGCAUGUGGGUCCAAGUCGAGGUUUUACUGUCAAAAUGAAGGUUUUGCACCCCGAUUUGUAUCAGGUUUUAAAGUGAACGACGGAGUGUGCGACUGUUGCGAUUGUCAGGAUGAAGAUGAUGGCGGAUCAAGAGCCUGGAUGGAAUCUCCGGGCUGCAAGGAGCUUCGCAGUGAAUAUGAUACUCUAGUCGAAAAGGAACUGAAUCAGCAUUAUGAGGGUCUUACUGUGCUGCGGGCAAUGCAAAAUUCGCUGGGGAUUGACGUGAAAACCGAUCACAAUCCCAAUGUCCAGGUCGAGACUGAGCAAAUGAAGCACAUUGUGCUUGGUUUGUCAAACCAGUUGGAGGAUUGCAAGCAAAAAGUGCAAGAAAUGAGGAAAAUUUACAACGAUAGAAUGCAGGCUGAAAAUCCCCUCAUGCACCAGUAUGAGCAAUUGGACAUACCAUUUCUGACUGCUACGACAGAUUCUUUCUUCAUGUCAGUCGAAAGAUCAUCCCGCGCGUAUCAUGAGGUCGUGGAGCUCUUGGAGAAGCUCGUUUUGUCUUAUAACAGAAAUCUGAACGACGAGGCGGUCAACGACGUGGUUAAGAAGUACCUCGAUUUUUCUGACGAGCUCUUUGACAAGAUUAACGUGAAUAGCGCUCUUGACGUCUCGCACCGGGAGCAAAUCAAGGAAUAUUUGGAGGUAGAACUCCGAGAUCUCCUGUCGACGGGCCAGUCUCGGUACCCUGCAAGAGCUAUUACGGGAAAAUUCCAAACUGUGAGAGCCAUCAUCACUGCGAGGUCAGAAUACUACAAAGAACUUUCCAAGACCUUGAAAUUCUUAACCGGAUUACUCGAUAGCUUGUCUGAAAACUAUAAUGUGAACUUUCAAGAUGUAGGUGUCAAGGAUACGGUGCUUGCUUACAAAGAAUUUUUGGCCAAGAGUGCCGGUGUAACAGAUCCAUUAAGUUUCCCAAGCAAAUUUAUCGACGGUUUGGACCGCUUAUCGGAACUCGUCACGCAAGCGUCGUCAACCGUUUUGACACCAGAAUCCCAGUCGAGUGGCAGUUUUAGUCUUACGUUAAUAAACUUCUUCAGGGAACUGGCAGAAAAAUUUGGCUUCACAACUUCGAGUCUGGCUUCGUUAAGAGGCGAUAUCGCUGCAAGAGAACUGAAAUGCUCCCAACUCAGAAAAGAAUUGAAAACAAAGGAUAUGGCACUGAUGAAAUUAUUACGUCUUCAAACUGAGGAAGGAGAAAGUGCACAAUCCAAGCUUGCCGCUACUGCUCAAGUGGAGGAACUACUCCAGAAACUCGAUCCCAGCUGCGUAGAACAGGUCGUUGGUAAUUAUGUCUAUCAACUUUGUUUGAAUCCAACUGAUGGCGUUAUCACUCAAACCGAUGAUAAGCCUAACGGCAACACUGUCUUCAUAGGCCGCUUCUCACGUUUAUUCUUCGACGAGAAUGCGUCUUCUCAAAACUACAUUGACAGACUCAGGUUACAACACAUGGACACUGAUCUGAUUUCCCACCUGGAGAGCGAUGUCGGAAACUUCCAGCAAGAAAUGCUGAUUGGUAAUUUGCCAAACAUCAACAAUGGUCUUGUCAUUGAGUAUAAGAAUGGUGAUCGCUGUUGGAACGGACCUUUAAGGUCGGCUCAGCUUUUUUUUCGUUGUGCGAAAACAUUCAGUAUCCAAAACGUCGAUGAACCUACAAGAUGCAAUUAUUCCUUUGAAAUCAAUGGUCCAUUAGGAUGCUCUUACAACUUUGUUUACCGCCCACCAGCAUGGUCUCAAUAG